AUGAGUUCCACGUCGCAAAAACAUCGCAAUUUUGUUAGCGAACCUAUGGGAGAAAAGGAUGUCACGGAGUUGGCGGGAAUCGGAGAAGUUCUGGGAGGAAAGCUCAAGGAAAAAGGAUUUGACAAGGCGUAUGUUGUUCUUGGACAGUUCCUCGUCCUCAAAAAAGAUCAAGAAAUGUUUAUGGACUGGAUAAAGGACGAAUGUGGAGCCAAUAAGAAGCAGGGUGGAGACUGUUAUAACUGCUUGAAGGAAUGGUGUGAUGCUUUCUUGUAAUCACAGAAUGGAGGCGGUUACAAGUAUAUGAACUUUAGUGGCCAAUCAAAGGUGUUCAAAUUGAGUUUUGUGCAGAAAGCAAUUUUAUACUCCCCAGCCCUGUGCCCUGAAGGGACCUCUAAAUUAAUAACUUAAGGUCGGUACACGCUAGGCAACAAGUUGCAGCAACAUGUCACGGCACCACAUUGCUUUGUGUGUACUGGAGAAAUUUUGUGAAAACCUUUGUCUCCGCAGCAGAAUUUUGUUGCAGCAACAUGUUGGAAAAAAUCAGAUCAGGCAGAAUUUGUGCUACUUGUUGUAGCGACAAAAUUCUGUUGCAGAGACAAAGAUUUACACAAAAAUUCUUCAGUACACAGGAAGCGAUUUGUUGCCUGCGAUUUGUCCCUGCCAUGUGUUGCUGCAACUAGUCACCUGUCCUGUACACAUAGAGUGACCUGUCACCGCGACUUGUUGCUGCAACUUAUUGCCUAGUGGGUGCUGACCGUUAAACUUCAUGUCAUAGAGUCGAAGGAUAUAUAAAUAACAAACCUAGGGAAGAUGGAAAUGUGGCAAGCUUUAAAAUAAUGAUCAAGUCAAUGAUUGGUUGUUUUCUAUACUUAUAAGUAUAUAUGUUACUCAGUGGUCACACAAUAAGCAUAAGAUUAUGCCCAGGCCAUAAAGAAGUGAUGUAGAAGUAUCAUGAGCCAUUUAAUAGAUAUAAACUUUGAGUUUCUUUCAAAUGUUGUCUUGUGUUUGUGUUAGGAUAAGGUUGUUUAACCAGUUACACUUGGUAACCGUGCAUUAUCUCACAGAACGCUUUGCUCGUCUUGCAAAACAAUUUUCGAGAGCUCCCUUGCAGGCUAUAUUUACCCUAGGUGGUGAUGUAUUGCUAGGAGGGUAUGGUUUUUAGCUUUUGACUUGAGUAGGGAAUAUGAUUUUGUAGCGGCAUGUCCUAGAUAGGGUAUUAAUAUUCUUCAUAAAGAAAGAAGCAACAGCCCUUGUGGGCUUGAUUAUCAGCCUUUGUUCAGGAAAUCAGCCUGUGUUUCUACCCUAAAAUAACUCCAGCCAUCUCUUCUUGGAUCAGACCCAAGAGAGUGGCAGAAAUCAAGCCUACUGCCCACGCAGUUUGAACCUUUGUCCUAAACAGGGUUCUAAAACAGAUUUUCCCCAUACAAUCAAACAUAGCUUCUUUUUUAGGUUUCUUUUUGUUCUUAUUCCAAAUUCUGAGUUAAGUGUCUUUCCCCCAUUCCCUGCUGUUGCUUCAAAGAAAAAAUUAUGGACAAAUGUUUGCCCUGAGAAUGUUUUUUACAUGAUUAUCAACCCUUUGAAGACAUUUGCCUCUCCUUGCAUUAGGGACAUUUUGCCAGGCAGCCAAUAGCUAACAGCUAUUGACGCCAUUUACUCAGGAAACAGAAACAGCCAAGGAAGCUCUGCCUAUCUCUACACUAUGAUAGCAAUGCUUCUAAUAUAUCGUAGGAGACUGUAGAUUGGUAUAACAACAUUACAUUGAUAUUUACACUGAAGUAAACUAAGUAAGUUGUUAACAAAAUAAACUUAUACUAGUUAUAGUUAUUGGUAAGUGCCAAAAAGCAAAGAUUAUACCUAUACACUCAUGCUGUUCAAUUUGUGUAGACAUGUAAUGAAUUGCAGUAAUUUUUAAAAAAUUAAUUGAAAAAAUACAUUGAAAUAAAUUCAAUUGCAUAAGCGAAAAAUACUGUGAUAAUAGUGCAAACUUAAAGCAAGGGGCACACAUACACCAAACCAUGGACUGGCCAGUACCUCACGCAUGCGCACAGCCAUAUCACACAGGCAGUGGCAGCCAUGGAUGCUAAAUUUCACCUUUUUUGGGGCUCAUUAUCAUGACGUAAUCAUUGAGUCAAUGAACGGGGAAAACUCGUGUCUCCAAGACCCUUUACUGCUGAGGCGACUCCUUUAAGCGCCAGCUCCACACAACACAUGUGGGAGCUGUUGCCUGGGAACCGCAAAUCAAUUCUCCCAUGACAUGCGUGGGGAAGGUAGAUCACAAGUUACUGUGAAUUGUGUGUCAGGAAAUUAAAGCAAGAAGCACACAUACACCAACCCACGUCCUGGCCAGUAUCUCACGCAUGCGUUAAGCCACAUCACCUGGGCAGUGUUUUACCCCUACUGGAGCGCAUCAUUAUGGGAUUACCAUCGGGUCUAAGAAUAGGGAAAACCUGUCUCAAAGACCCUUUAAUGCCAAAGGUAGUGCAAAGCAUUCCUUGAAGCGCCAGCUCCACACAACACGUUGGAGCUGUUGGUUGGGAACCGUGGCAGUUUUCCCAAGACAUGCGCGGAAGAGUUGGAUUAUGGGUUGGUGUAUGUUAGGCUCGAUUACCAGCUGCUGUUCGGGAAAAUGAGCCCACACUCAUCCCCCGAAAGAGCGGCUGGACGCUUGCGAUUUCCUUGGUUGGUUUAAGCCAAUCAUGUUACUGCCUGCAGAUUUUCGUCUGGCAAAGAUUGUCGCAGAAAUUAUCACAUCAAAACAGAAAGUCCUUCCUUCCCUGCUUCCUUGAUCCAUCGCAUGGCAAGGCGAUUUCAACGGCGUGAAGACACUAGGCGAAAUUCUAGAGUCCGAAAGAACACAACGUUUUGUUCGAUUGUUUGUUGUGAAUGAUUGUGGUUGGAUCUUUCCAAGGCGCUUUAGGUCUCAAUAACUGCAUUUGUUAUAGAUUUAACCGUCCACGUUUAUACUUGACAGAGGAACAUUCAAUACGCUGGAAAUUCUGUCUGGUAAAUGAGAAACUUUUCCAUUUAAUUUGGUCCGCUUCCAAGAAUCAGUCAGUUUGGAGCCACAGAAGACGCAACCAAUAUUCGAAGAUCAAAGAAAAUUAACUACAGUACAUGUCGCCGUGUAUAGAAAUGUACCGAAGAAUCUUUUUCAAAAUGUAGGGAAAUGUCCCGAAUAAACUAUUUCGAAUGUCUUUUGGGUGGCUAAGGGAACGCUUGAUGUAAUUUUGAGCCAAAUGAAUAAGAAAAUUGAAGACCGGUUUCACUUCCAGUGAUAUCGGAGACGCCUAAAUUAUCAAUUUUCCAGUUACGUCACAGACAAGGUCAACGGGUUACGCGUCCAGCCGUCUCUCUUCGGGGAGGAUCAAAGACCGGACCCAGGAGACGGAAGAGAUUGAGCCUAGGUGUAUGUGUGCCCCUCGCUUUAAGUUUGUCUUUUGAAAGUAGUGAACCAAACUUCUCUACUGCAUAACGAAUUGGAAAUUCCGACUUUACUUCCUUGCACGUUUUUUCGAGAUACUGAAUUUCCAUUUUGUUUGAAGUUGCGUACAUUAUUUUGCAUAAAAUUUAGUGGUCUUGUAACUCAAUUUAGAAUCCUCAAAAAAUCAUGUUUAAGUCCGCAAAUAUUCAACAAAUAGUUCUAUAUUUGGUCUCUUUUUAAAGCUUAAUAAGAUUUGUGGUGAGCCGAUGAAGCCAUCCAAAUUAUUUUCCUUCAGAGAUGCAAUAAAUUUUACCGCAUUGUUCCAGCAAGCAAAUUCGACAACUAUCUCCUUUGAUGCAAAUGAAUAUCCACCCGCUAAUUGGUUGAAGACAUUAUGAGCACAGGACUCACAAACAAGCACAUGGCUCGUGGAUUCUGUAUCACGUGUUUGCUCAAAAACAAUGCAUUCUCUGUUCUGCAUUACAUCACAAAUGUUGCCUUACAUUACUAUAUGUUACAUCGAUCCAAGAUUUUGUCUGCCCCUGGAACUAUCGCGCACGUCUCUAUUAGGCUGCCACCUUGCAGCCUUGCAUCUUCGCGAGGGUGCUUUUUGGCAAUCAGUAAUCUUGUGAUACAAAAGAAGUAAGCCAAAGAGAGAAAACCAGUAUUGUACAUGUAACUUACAGGUACAUUCAUUGUAGAUGAAGUAACGCAGAGAACUGCAGUGCCACGCCAAACCUGUAUCAUUGUUCAUAAAACCAAAAAAACAUUCAAUCAAUGAUUACCUUUAUUUUCCCAAACACAAUACCAUUAUUACAAGGCAACAUAAAAACACUAACAUUAAUAAUAGAUCUUUCUUGCAGUUUGCCCCACUGAGCACACCCAAUAAAACAAGGGUGAAGAAUUUUCAACAAAUUGCUGCACUUUUCAAGCCUAGCCUUGAGUUGGUACUAUUCUUCACAGGAAUACGGGCAACUGUCCAAUACAAUAUUAACAGCUUGGCUGUAUGUUUUAAGAAAAAAUAUAACAAAAAAAAUUGCAUUUCCGAAUGCAAUAAAUACUUAAAUGUUAUAAUAUAUAGUGGAGUACAUACUUUUCUACUUUUAAUGUCAACUUGAGACUUAAACCUUUCAACACUACCUUCUGGCUUGCAAAGUGAGAUACUACAUGCAAACUUGUUAUGCUCAAAAGAUGAUUUUAAUUAUUUAAGGGCAAUUUUAGAUGAAUAUUUAAUAUUAGUCAUUUAAACUUCAGUCGCAUAAUUAUACUGGUAUUUCCACAGUUGGCCAAGUUUGAAAAUUUAGGUUUCUAAGACAGGUAUUCCCUUCUAAAAUUGCCCCAUCCUCAGAGACCCAGAUGCGGUAAGUCGGGCUGGGAGAAAAGGCGCAACAAAGGUUUUCAAGCCAAGGGGAGAGCCUGUGGGUACCGACUCUCACCUGACCAUUUCCAAACACUAGCUCCUGACUGGACACAAAAAAUGCUUGGUAUUAUUAUGCCCAAUCGGCAAACAGCAUCUCCUGAUCUCUUUUUGUGAGUUCGUACACGACGGCUAUUGACAGCUUAUCUAGCUCGAGCACCAAAGAAAUGCACACAGUUUUUUCAGUCUCUAUCGUGAUUAUUCCAGUUGCUUACCUGUUCAAAUAUUAGCAAACUCUUCUGGAGCUAAAUUCCUAUCAACCAUAUCCAAGUUCAGAAAGAGAAAGAAAAUUUUGUCACUGCUUGUUUACAUCCUCCAAAAACAUGAAAUUUGGCAUUUUCACAUGGUUGUCGUGCAGUGACGGCAAAUAAAUGUACAAAAAAGCCUGAUGUACGUGUAAAGUCAAGUCAAGCCUUGUCAAGACAUUGCUUUUUUGGCGUUCUUGUCGUUGUCGCUGUCGUGGCAUCUUACAGUCCCUGAUAAUUACAAUCCCUUGUUAUCGGUCAGAAACAGAAUUUUCUCGGUGCAAAUCAAAUUGAUAGCAUGCAAAAUGUUUUUUUCAACUCAUUGGUAGGUCCUCCGUUUUUGAUUUGGAAGUUUCCCUUGCAAGCACAACCUUGGUGAACAAACCAGACAAGUAUGGUGAGACAAUAGCCAUUGUGUACAUACACACGAAAAGAACUCAGGAGAUGCUGUUCGCCGAUUGGGCACAA